GGCCAUGAGUCUGCUCUCCUGGACUGUAGCUCAGCCUCAGAGAGAAACACCUGCUCACCUGGCAGAGCUGUUAGCCUCACCUGCUCAGAGCCGAUCAGACUGGUGGGAGAAGAGAGUCGCUGUGCAGGAGCUCUGGAGCUGAAGCUUCGGGGAGAAUGGAGACCAGUGAUUGGUUUUCCUACCUGGACCCUGGAGGCAGCAGGUGUUCUCUGCAGAGAUCUGGGCUGUGGCUCUGCUGUUUCUGUGGGAGAGAGAAAGGAGUCCUCAGAAAGACCUGUGUGGGGGAUCAGAUCUGAAUGUGUUGAGUCUGGAUCUGCUCUGAGGGAGUGUGCAACAGCAAGUUCCUCUUCCCACUCCCUGACUCUUACCUGUUCAGACUCUGUCAGGCUGGUGAAUGGGACCAGUCUGUGCUCAGGUAGACUGGAGGUGAACUCUAACCAGACUAACCCGUCCUGGUCCUCAGUGUGUGAGGCUGACUUUGACCAGCAGGAUGCUCAGGUGGUCUGCAGGCAGCUGGGCUGUGGGGCUCCUUCAGUCCUCCAGGGGGCGCUCUAUGGAGAAGGGGAGGCUCCAAUGUGGACCAAAGAGUUCCAGUGUGGAGGCCAUGAGUCUGCUCUCCUGGACUGUAGCUCAGCCUCAGAGAGAAACACCUGCUCACCUGGCAGAGCUGUUAGCCUCACCUGCUCAGAGCUGGUCAGACUGGUGGGAGGAGAGAGUCACUGUACAUGAGAACUGGAGGUAAAUCUUCAUGGAGACUGGAGGCUAGUGGGCUAUUACUCUCUCUGGACCCUGAAGGCGGCAGGUGUUGCCUGCAGAGAGCUCGACUGUGGCUCUGCUGUUUCUGUAGGACACAGAGAGUCCUCAAAUUAGACUUAUUUCUCAGAGUUUUUUACUGUAUUCUCACAUUUUGACUUUUUCCUCCCAAUUUUGACUUUUUCCACGAAAUAUUAGGUUUUUUUUUGAGAACUUGACUGUUUUCUCCAAAUGUGGCUUUGUUGAGGUUUCAAUAUAGAGUUGAAUAAUUAAAACGAAAGUUCAUAUAAUCAAAGAUAAUCUUGUAUGACCCACAAUGAAAAUGUAUUAUAUUUCAUGUUGUUCUAUACUCACAAUAUAUACAACAUGUCUGUGCUUUGGAAAAUGUAGUUUAAAGCCUCUUAUAGUUUAUCUCUAUGGGUGUCACUGUCUAGCAGAGGGGAGACAGUUGUCUUCACUCACUCAGGCUGUAGAGAGGAGACCCCUGACUCAAUGGAAAAGUACUGGAGCCCCAAAAUGUGUUUGGGCCAUACCAUAGGAGACAAGUCUGGAUAUGUUGGUAAGUUCUCUCAACUUGGUAAGUACUCCUAAAGAGAUUUUAAUAUUACCAACGGAAGAGGGCUGUUGAAUUUAAUAUCACAACUGAAGAGCGACAGUUGAAGACAUUUUAAUGUAUUUGAUUUCACACCCGGUAAUCUAUGAGGGUUUUCCUCUGAAUUCUAGUGGAAGAGGUUUUUAAUGCUGAAGAGGGACAGUUGAAGAGAGAUUUACCAAAUAAA